ACCGGCGCGAGCGCCGCAGUUUACUCACAUCUGAGAGCGCGCGGUCGACUGCACCGAGUCCAUGUUUUUAACGGAUAUAACUCGGUGAAAUGUGUCCGUGUGCGUGAUUAAAAUGAGUUUCUUUUUGUCGAGAUAUGUAGGAUAAAUCGAUUUCUGUCGCGACGGGAUUAUUUUUGGACGCAGUGACCGUUUUGGGGAGUAUUGUCGGGAGUCAGAGGUCAUUCUACAAAUCGUUUUUUCUCCAAGAAUGGACAAAAGCCAUCUUUCGGGCGCUAAUGACAUCAUAAUGACGAGCUCAACAGGCCCGUACCAGCAGGAGCCCCUGACCCCCCCCAGACCCGCCCACCACCACUCCUCUUCCUCCUCUUUAUCCUCGCCGUCUCCUUCCUCCUCCUCGCCGCUCAAGCCCAACCAGGUGGGCCAGGUCAUCCUGUACGGCGUCCCCAUCGUCUCGCUGGUCAUCGACAACAACGAGAGGCUCUGCCUGGCGCAGAUCUCCAACACGCUGCUCAAGAACUACAGCUACAAUGAGAUCCACAACCGCCGCGUGGCGCUGGGCAUCACCUGCGUCCAGUGCACGCCGGUCCAGCUGGAGAUCCUUCGCCGCGCCGGCGCCAUGCCCAUCUCGUCACGCCGCUGCGGCAUGAUCACCAAGCGAGAAGCCGAGCGCCUCUGCAAGUCCUUCCUGGGGGAGAACGCGCCGCCGAAACUCCCCGACAACUUCGCCUUCGACGUGACGCACGAGUGCGCCUGGGGUUGCCGUGGCAACUUCAUCCCUGCACGCUACAACAGCUCCAGGGCCAAGUGCAUCAAGUGCUCCUUGUGCAACAUGUACUUCUCCCCGAAUAAGUUCAUUUUCCACUCGCACCGCACGCCGGACGCCAAGUACACGCAGCCGGACGCCGCCAACUUCAACUCCUGGCGACGACACCUCAAACUCUCCGACAAACACCCGGCGGACGAGUUGGUGUACGCGUGGGAAGACGUGAAAGCGAUGUUCAACGGAGGCAGCCGGAAGAGAGCGCUGCCUUCUUCUUCCCAUUGUGGCUCUAUGGGUUCUAUGAAGACCCUGCCAGGUUCUGUGGUGCCUCACAUGAUGGGACCCGACCUCGGCGCUCAGAAAAGAUCCCGCUUCGAAGACGAGGACGACCUGGACGGAGGCAGUCUGUCUCCCCGUAAGACGCCACGCAGCUACCCCGUCAUCCCCGUCCCCAGCAAAGGCUUCGGCAUGCUGCAGAAGUUCCCUCCCACGUCGCUCUUCCCCUCGCCGUACCCCUUCCCGGCGUUCGGCCUCUGCCAGCAGAAAAAAGACGACAGCGACGUGUCGGCGGGGCAGAAAGGAGCGGGGUUGUCGGGUCUUUUAUGGCCCGGACGCAAAGACACGUUUUACCCUCCUUUCUGCAUGUUUUGGCCCCCGAGGGCCGCCGGAGGAAUCCCGGUCCCGACCUACCUGCAGCCCCAGCCCAGCGCGCUCUCCUCCCUGGCGGACAACCCGUCUCUGAGGCAGGCCUUCCUGGAUCUCUCAGACCACCCCAGCGAGCCCGGAGCUGUCGCCGGCAACGGGAAUAGUGUCACGGCAACCAUGGCGCCCGGCAAUGGGGCCGCCACCCCCAGAGCCGGGCUGUUUGACCCAGAGUGCACGACCGUGGCCCCCGAGCACCGCCCCGUGACAUCAUCAGAAGGCUGGCUCAAACUCCUGGACGCCCCGACCCUGCAGACCAGGAAGCCCAGCUACGGCUCGGCCUUCCGACCCGUCGUCAAGGACGCGGAGAGCAUCGCCAAGCUCCAUAGCAACGGGGGAGGAGGAGUCGCCGGGGCCGCAGAGGAGGACUUCGGGGUGGUGGCGGUGUCCAGGUCGGACCGCCACCACCGGCUGUCGCCCAGCAGCAGCUGCAGCUACGGGAGCGAAAGCGGCGGCGACGGAGAGGAGGCGGAGGGAGCGGAGAGCGAGGAGGAGGGGGAGGUGGACGUGGAGUCGUCGAAACAGGAGGACGAGGAGGAGGGGGGGGGCUUCAUCACAAGCAGGCCGCCGCCACAGACUCAAACCAACCUGUACCUCGCCGCGUUGAGCGACAGCCACGGAGAGGAGCGGGGGAAGGAGAGAGGGAGUGGCGCCGCGUACGCCAACGCCUCCCCUCGCUCCUCCUCGGACGCCGUCCAGCAGGAGUCCCCCUGCAGCCUGCCGGCCUCCCCGACCGCCAGCCUGCCUCUCUCCAGCUCCACCCCUCCUCACCGAGAGGACCCGGCUUACAAAAACGUUCACAAAAAUAGAGAUGAAGGACUACCUGUGUACGCAACCAAAGACAACUCCAGCAUUUCUGAUGAAAACAAAGAGCAGAAUAGUUUCUUUGUAGCGGAGAGUGAGACGUCGGCGCCCGACUACUGGAGGGAAAGCUCAGGUGAUCAGAACCAAGGUGCUGCCUCUCCUGUGCCGCUAAAGAAGGACGUAGAGAACAUGGAAAAAGAGGAGCUGCAGAAGGUUCUGCUGGAGCAGAUCGACUUCAGGAGGAGACUGGAGCAGGAGUUUCACGCUCUGAAGGGCACCUCGCCAUUUCCUGUCUUCCAUAAUUUCCAGGACCAGAUGAAACGAGAGCUCGCCUACAGAGAAGAGAUGGUCCAACAGUUACAGAUGAUUCCCUACGCAAACAUCAUCAGAAAAGAAAAGAUCAGCUCCCAUCUCAACAAGUAGCUGAAAGGCUGAGUCAACAAAGUCCCACGUGAGACGAGAAGCUGCCUGGAUUUCUCAAGAAGAAAAAAGGUCACACAAAAAACUGACAGAGAAAUAUAGGAGAGACACGAUCAGAAAGGAAUAAGACGUUAUAAAGUAUAUAAAUACAUUUCUUAAGUUUUCCUUGGACAGUGUUAUUUCUGCCUCUGUGAAUAGCCCUGCACUUGAACCUUGUCUGGUAAAAAAACACAUUUGGACAGUUUGCUACCAGGCUGGUACAAACUUUCCUCCCUGUUUCCUUUUCCCCGGGUCCAGUUUGUUCCCUAAAAAGACUGUGAAAGUGAAAGGAACACAAACUGCCGAUUCCAGAGGAAACAGAAAGACUCCUGCUCCAAAGCUUUACCCAAACAGGACCAAAGCAACUACAACCUUUUUCUCGUCUGCUGUGAAUUUUAGGGCUGUUGAAAACCGCCAGAGAGGCCGUCAUAGACUUUGUGAGAAAACUCUGAACUUUUCCGAGCUCUUAAAAGACGAAGAACAAGAAGAGAGAGAGUUCAUAGAAUCAGUAAGACGUGUUAUUGUCCACGACUCGGACUGCUGCUGGCCCAAAUGUACAUAAGACACAAGACUGUGGACGAGGACGGACUUCACAUUAAGCCUGUUGUUGCUAUUGUUGUUGUUGUUGCCGUGGUAACACUUAAUGGGAAGCCUAAAGAGAAACAAACCAUAUUGGCAACAUUUGAUCGCAAAGCGAUUCUUUUCUUCAUCGUGUCUAGUUUAUUAGUUUAUUUUACAACUUCUAUGUGAAAACAAGGUAACACUCUAUAUUAAGGUCC